AGUUGAGAGAAGCUUGAGAAGAGUCUGUGAUGUGAUGGGAUGUUACACACUUCUAACAACUUCUCUAACAUUGCAACAUUCUACUGCAUUUAAACACAUCUCAACGUCUUCCUGAAUUUGUUAAGAACAUCUGUAUUUAUGUUACAUUACUGCAACAUGACACCAGACAGACACAAACCCUUAUUGAUGUUAAUGGCAUCAUCUGUGUUGAUGUUAAUCUCGGCUUCUCCGGCUCCACAAUCAGUACAUCCGCCUCAUAUUAUUCUUAUUGUGGCAGACGAUCUUGGCUGGAACGACGUCUCGUGGCAUAACCAUCAAGUGAAGACACCGCAGCUGGAGGCGCUGGCCAGAAGCGGCGUCCUGCUGGAACAAUCAUAUGUUCAACCCAUUUGUACUCCCACUCGCUCUGCACUCCUGGCUGGACGUUAUCCUUUCACCCUCGGUAGACAGCACGAUGUUCUGUGGCCGGAGGAGCCUACGGGUCUCGACCUCAAUGUUACACUUCUUCCGCAGUCAUUGAAGGAAACUGGAUACUCAACACACGUUGUUGGCAAAUGGCAUCUUGGGUAUUGUUCGUGGGCAUACACUCCAACAGAGAGAGGGUUUGAUACCUUCUACGGCUACUACACAGGAGCCGAAGAUUACUACACCCAUGUUCGUCAGCCUAACACUCUCCGUCAGGACGAUUUCUGGACACAGUGGAAUGAUGAAGAAAGCACAAGAUUAGGAUAUGACUUCAGAAACAAUACCAAGCCAGACCUGAGCGUCGAUGGCAUCUACUCAACGUAUCUGUUUGCAUCCUACGUGGAGAAACUGUUGUCGUCUCGGGAUCCUGAGGAGCCCAUGUUCCUCUACCUGCCCUUCCAGAGCGUCCAUAGCCCCAAUGAGGUUCCUCAAAAUUAUACCCAACCAUACAGCCACAUCCAAGAUGAACAUCGCCGGGUUAAACUUGGUAUGGUAAGCGCCUUGGACGAGGCUGUUGGGAGAGUUGUGGCGGCGCUCAAAUCCACUCAUCACUACAACAACUCUAUCAUCGUCUUUACUACUGACAAUGGUGGCCCCACAGUGACUUCUGGCAACAACUGGCCGUUGAGAGGUAACAAGUCCACUAUCUGGGAGGGAGGUACUAGGGGAGCCGCAUUCGUCCACUCUCCACUUCUCCCUAACCCAGGCACCGUCUCCUACCAAUUGAUGCAUGUGACAGACUGGUACGAGACGCUGGUAGGAGUGGCAGGGGGCAGAGCUCCACAAACAGAUGGGAUGGACCAGUGGGCGACCAUCACUGGCUCAGCACCUUCCCCUAGGACGCAUAUGAUCUACAAUAUCGACAACACCACGUCAUUUGUAGCUGGGGCCAGGAUAGGAGACUACAAGCUACUAGUGGGAGAUCCUGGCCCUGGAGAGUGGACGCCUCCUCCAGAGAACUUCACCAUUAACUCCCACUUCGCUCACGCUAUUAAAAAUAUCGCCUCAAAUGAAAACAAAUUAACAGUCAAACUUUCUGGUGUAUCAGAACCGCAGCUUCAUGUGUCGCAGCCAAACACAGCUCUUCACAACUACAAUAUAUUGGAUCAGUCUGGUCCCCGCCAAGCAAGUGUGGAGUCAGAAAACUAUGACCAGCUUGGUGUUCUACAAUCAGGUGUUGGAUCGGAUAAAUCUACUGAAUUGUUUGAUAAUCAAGGCCCUUUUCUCUCCGAUGAUUUGCAGAGUGACUCAUCUGCACAGUAUCAACAGAAAAUGACGGUGGUUGAACCGUUAAGUCAGCCAAGUAGGGUCCUGAGUGCAAAAAAAUCAAAUGUCGGUCCAUUUUUAGUCAGAAUCGUUGGACCAGAAGCUGUUGGCAGUUAUAACGUUAAUGAAAGAUAUUGGACAAGUGAUAAAAAAGAGAAAAGCAAAAUUUUGAAUAAGGCAAAAUUUAAUGUUAAAUAUUUUGGAAAUGUAGACGGCAAUGGUAGUGGCAGCAGACCUUCAGAUCAGCGAGCAUCACAAGACGACACUCAGGAGAGGUGGGAAGAGAGCAGACCUUCAGAUCAGCGAACAUCUCAGGAAGACGAUACCCAGGAGAUGUGGGAAGAGAGCAGACCUUCAGAUCAGCGAACAUCACUGGGAGACGAUGCUCAGGAGAGGCGGGAAGAGAGCAGACCUUCAGAUCAGCGAACAUUAGAACAAAGAGACGAUACCCAGGAGAAGGAGGAAGAUAGUCAGCCGACGCUCCAACAACUGCUACAACUGUUCAACACCAACAUCACUCAAAUCCGUCUUUAUAAUAUCACAGCGGAUCCUGAGGAAAGAGUCAACCUGGCAGCAGAGGAACAAGGUGUGGUACGCCAUAUACUGCAGUUUAUUCUACAGCAGAUGACCCGAUACGUUCCAGCUGACAUUAAACCGGAUGACCCCGCUGCUGACCCCUCGAACUAUAACAAUAUCUGGAGUCCAGGAUGGUGUGACCCUGUAUAGUCAAGUGUCAACACUAGAGUGAAAUAGUUAAUUUGAAAUGUGCCGUGCUGGAUAUAUUGCUUCUAUCCUUGUCACCUUAUCCAUUAUGACGGAAGUAAAAGUACAGUACCCAGUUUAA